AUGAGUUUAGGAGGGAAUGUCUCCCCUGUCGACCAGUCGAACUCCUGCAAGGACGCUUCACCUCAAGGGGAGCCGGGUUCUGAUCGCGGAUCACAGAACCAGUUUCAGCGGUUCAAAGCCGUGACCAGUUCAGCACUGCGAGCCCUUGAGUCGCAGAUCAACUCGGCGCAAGGGUCUUCUCGCACACUGCUCAGAGUCAAGCCCGUCAACUUCCAUGCCUUGCCAUUGGAUGCAACAAUGGUGGAGGACGACCUCAACCCCUUGACAACAAUCCAAUUCUUCGUUGAGGUAUACUGUCCGUCCAUGCUGCGUCAUCCAACAUUCAGGCUGGCUAGCAGAGAUUCGGUGUUCAUCAGUGCCAAUCUCUCAGCCAUGAUGCAAGACCCCUUGAUAACGGCCACCUCUCUUGCGUUUGCUGUUCGCAUGCAGGACAAAGGCCAGAGCAGGAAAGCAUGUGGAUAUUACCGCAAAGCUCUUGUUCUGCUUCAUAAUCGACUUGAAUCUAAUGAUGGCACCUCGACCGACGCCAUCUUGCUUAGUUUUAUUCAUUUGAUGGCUGUUGAGGCGCUGUCAGAAGAGCUGGGCUCCCCCCUUCAACAUCUGGGGGCCAUGCGCCGCCUGAUACAAAUCCGAGGCGAGCUCAGAUCGUCAGGCUUGCAGGGCUACAUCAAGAACCAUAUCAGAUCCUGGGAAACUUUUCUGGGAGGUGUGUAUGCCGAACCUGAUCCAGAUCAGGUGCGAAUGUUUCCUUAUGGCUCGCUUGACUAUCCCACACAUCCCUUCGACCCAGAACUGAGCCUCACAUUAAGCCGCCUGCCCCUAGGCUUUAUUGAACUGGCAAUGUCUUGCAGAUUGAGCGUUCAAGUGAUCCGAGUUGUGCAGACGAGUGCGCGCGUGAUGGCCGCCCUUUUCAACCAGAAGCAAGAUCUGAAACAAGACGACAGUUUUGCACUUCUACCACCGUCGUAUCCGGCAUUGCCUGCUCAGGUUAUGUUUCUGGCUAUUGUCACUUUGCAAAACCAACAGCGCAACAAGGUGGAGGAGGUGCUGGCAAUUUCUCUGCUGGCGUUGGCAAUAUCUACCGAGGCUUUAGGGGAGCACAUAACAACAGGUUAUGGAUUCAUCCAGACUUACUGCAUGGGAAUGUGGGAUGUCGAUAUUGAGCGAGAAUGUCGCAGUACAGGGGCUCUGGGGCUCGAAGACUUCCUGCUGUGGGUGAAAAUGUUGCUGCUGGCGACGUUUGACCAUGACACACAAACUUGGAAGACUGCCAGUCAACUACGACGGGAUGUCCCAUUUCCUGAGUUCAAGCCUCCGGAUUUUGAGAGUUGCAGACAAUUUUUCUGGACCGAAUUGUUGACCUUUUCUCUGGAGCAGAAGAUGGCGCAAGAAAGAGUACUUCGCAAGCCACGCAGUUUGGAAGCCCCGACGACCACUUCAGAGACCGAAUAG